AUGCUUUAAUAAUAAUUUCAAAACUUAAUGUCUUAAUAAUAAUUUUAAAAACAAUUCCCAAAUCCAAAUUUCAAUAUUUAACCACCCAACUACCCAUCUAUAAAACAGAAUAUACCUGAAGUAAAUAUAGGUGUCAACCAAAGAAGAUAAAAGGAAUUAGUUGUUGACUUCAUUAAUAGAGUGAUUAAAUAUAAAAAUUAUUUAUAUCUUAAAAAAGGAAAUUCUUAUUUUGCGAUUGAAUGUUUGAAGCAAAUACUUGAUUAUGAUAUAAGAGUUAAAUUAAUUGAUAUAUGA